GCCAAGCCUACAGCUACAGCUGGCCGAGCAGAGUGGGAGUCACACAGUCUGACAAACCUUAGUAAUGUUUUGAACAGCAUAGAGAAUUUAUCUACUCUGGAAAUACGCUGUACAUAUGUUCUUUGAAUAAUACAGGCAUAGCAGAUCUGCAAACUAUAGGAAUUUGAUAAAGCGAUUGCUUAGGGCUCAUGAAGCCUUGUUUCAACUACAUUGUAUGAACAUAUGGAAAAUAUACCUUCUUAUAUAUCAGUUUUUAGGAUUUUAAUGUGGAGGACAUAGGACACUUCCAUACCAGGCAGGAGAUUUGUGCUCUUUAAUUCAAGGAUAAAUCAAACGCAAUAAAAUCAUGUCAUCUUCCGAUCUAAGAGACAAACUUGACGGGCUUGGAUCUACUGGAAAAAUGGCUGCAAUAUACCCUGAACCCCUAUCCAGACACAAUAGAUGUAUGGCACAGUUAUCGAGCAAUGUAAUAGAAUGCAAUCCACACAUGUAUAAGAGGACUGUUAAAAAGAAAAUGAACAGAAAUGGAAGAUUCCGAACUCAACCUGUAACAUUUAUGGAAAUAAAGGAAGUAGACGAGGAUAAAGGAGAAGAUUUAGGCUAUUCUGAUAUUUCUGAUGGUGAAAAAUCAAGGUCCGAGAUGGAUUUAAAAAGUAGAUUUGAAGACAUAUCAAGAAAUAUGCUGAAUAAAAGAAACAGCAUAGGAUCAAGAAAAAAACUGGAUAUCCUGGAGGCCCCAAGCGAAAUAGCUAUGUCCAAUGAUGAAUUUAAAGAGAAAGAGGCAGGAGAUUGCGUAGAAGAUGAUUUCAGUCUCAAGUUACAAGUGAAUUAUCCCCGUGGCUUUAAUUUCAAAUCUAGACCGUCUUUCUAAUUCAUUAAUAAACCUUUCCGCAACAAACUUUAACAUCAUGAACAUCUAUUAAAGCUAAAAAUCAUUUAGCUGUUAAAAAAUAAAUGUCGAAAAAUUGUA